GCAAGGUGUAGAUUGUCAAAUGUCAAAUUCAAAAAUAAAUGGUAGUAACCUAAAACAGUACCCAAUAUUUUUGCAUUUAACAUAUUUAUAACGUUAAGAAAUUGAAAUAAAGUGUAUUAUAAAAUAUUCAAAUUGUCUCAGUUAGUCGCUUAAGUUUCCAUAAUGCCCACUAUAUCCGUAAAACGAGAUUCUUUAUUUGCUGCACUUGGUAGAUCAUACACCGAUGACGAAUUCCAAGAAUUAUGCUUUGAAUUCGGCUUGGAACUCGAUGAAGUGACCACAGAAAAACAAAUGUUGAUGAAAGAACAAGGAGACCAGGCUGGGGCUGGAGUAUCGGAAGAUGUUUUAUAUCGGAUAGAUAUUCCUGCAAAUAGAUAUGAUUUACUGUGUCUGGAAGGAUUAGUUAAUGGACUUCUAGUAUUUCAGGGAAAAAAGGCACCACCACAAUAUCAAAUUAAGAAAUAUGAAGACUCUUUCUCGCUACACCUAACACCUACCACUGCACAGAUAAGGCCAUAUGCUGUGGCUGCUGUAUUAAGAGGUAUCACCUUCACUAAGGAAAGUUAUGAUAGCUUCAUUGACCUACAGGAUAAGUUACACCAAAACAUUUGUAGAAAGAGAACUUUAGUGGCAAUAGGAACCCAUGACUUGGAUACUAUUAAGGGUCCAUUUGUGUAUGAUGCACUGCCUCCUAAUGAAAUUAAAUUUAAAGCACUCAACCAGCAGAAAGAAAUGACAGCAAAUGAGUUAAUGGAAUUAUAUUCUAGUCAUGCUCAGUUAAAACAAUACCUUGGUAUCAUUAGAGACAGUCCUGUGUAUCCUGUAAUUAAAGACAAGAAUGGUGUAGUACUUUCUAUGCCUCCCAUUAUUAAUGGAGAUCAUUCUAAAAUAACUUUAAACACUAAAAAUGUGUUCAUUGAAUGUACGGCUACAGAUCUCACAAAGGCAAUCGUGGUACUAGAUACAAUUGUAUGUAUGUUCUCCGAGUACUGCACCAAUAUGUAUGAAGUACAGCAAUGUAAGGUUUUCGCCCCUGAUGGCACUUAUGAACUCUAUCCCAAACUGCAGUUCAGAGAUGAAAUUAUCAAUGUGGACAAGGCAAAUAAUUAUAUUGGAAUUGACGAAGAUGGUGAUAAAAUAGCUGCUCUCUUAUCUCGUAUGUGCUUAACGGCAAAGCAUGAAAACUCAGUGUUGACAGUUCGCGUGCCCCCCACCCGGCAUGACGUCAUACACGCCUGUGAUCUUUAUGAAGACAUUGCUAUUGCUUAUGGGUAUAACAAUAUACCUCGUAGACCAUCACAUGUAGUAUGUGCUGGCGGACAGCAGCCUGUGAACAAACUGACGGAACAACUGCGGGCCGAGUGUGCUAAUGCGGGUUAUACGGAAGCACUCACUUUUACUCUUUGUUCACGAGAGGAUGUAGCAACCAAACUUGGUAGAAGUAUAGAGGAAGUACCCGCAGUGCAUAUUUCGAACCCUAAAACUUUAGAGUUCCAAGUAGUCAGGACAUUGCUUUUACCAGGACUACUGAAAACCUUAGCUGCUAAUAAGAAAAUGCCACUGCCAAUGAAGAUAUUCGAGAUCAGUGAUGUUGUAGUGAAGGAUGAUAAAGCUGAGACGGGCGCGCGCAACGAGCGGCGCAUAUGCGCGGUGUACAGCGGGCGCGCGGGCGGCUUCCAGUUCGUGCACGGGCUGCUCGACCGCCUGCUGGCCUUGCUGGCCAUACCGUGGCGCACUGCCUACUCUCUCAGACCCGCAGAAGAUCCAGCAUACUUUCCUGGGAGAUGUGCUGAGGUUAUGCUCCAUGGUGAUGCAAUAGGAAAAAUUGGAGUAAUACACCCAAAUGUAUUAGCAGCCUUCGAAUUAACUAAUCCAUGUUCAGCCGUUGAAAUCAAUAUAGAACCAUUUGUUUAAGUUUUUAAAUGUUGCUGUAUGUAUGUAAUAUAUGGGAUAACC